CCACAGAGCUCCUCUAUCAGGCUCAGUUCCCUUUCAGCUGCAGUUCACCAAACAAGCAGGAGUCCAGCCAACCGAUUGCUCAGCAUCCAACAAGGAGGGCCACCAGAGAGAAAAGAGACUAUUAUACACAAACAUUGAGCCUUGUUCAUAUUCCCACAUGGCCAGCACGUCCAAGCGGACAUUCCUCCAGGCCAUGUGUCUGGUGGUUUUACUGUCCACAGCAGUACCUGCGAAUUAUGGGCAUGAUAUCAAGGUAAGCUUUGGAGAAGGUUAUUUCAACGAGAUAACUGACGAGGACCAGCUGGUAGAGGCGACCCCAACACCUUCCCCUGAACCCUGCAGAAGUCCAGUCUUCACUAAGUGGGAUAAGCUCUUCACAAUGCUGGAAAAUUCCCAAAUGAAAGAGAACAUGCUCCUGCAGUAUGCCGAUGAUAUCAUCAAGGUUGAGCUGCAGAGUCUGAGAGGAGAGCUGUUGCAGUUUGUGGCUCAGUACGGCGGCUCUUGCACAUCUGCGGUUGAGAGUAUGGUUCAACGGGCUGGGAUUCAAACAGAGACGCGUCUGCAGAACGCGAUGGACCGUGUGCGAGAGGUCUCAGCUGAUCAGUACGUGCAGCAUGAUGCAGCCCUGCAGCAGCUACUUGCUGCCAGCGUUAACCAGGCUACACGAAUGGAGCGACUGGAGAGCAGCUGCUUGAAACUGGGGGCAGCCAAGAGCUUCCAGGCCCGACAUCUCAUGCAAGAUGUGACUGAGACAGAGAACGGAGGAAGGCUGCACAAGACUCUAUCAACCAUCUCCAGCGAGCUGCAAACCAUCCGGGAACAGCUCAUUCUUUACACCAGAUCAGUCUUUGCCAAUAGCCUUCCAUCAGGCUGCGACACUGGGCUGCUCUUCCCCACACGUUCAUCUACAGCUCAUGUUGAAGUCUCACCCAAGACACCCUUCCAGAACAAUGCGGUCACCAUUUGCCUGUGGGCGAAACCAACUCAGGUGCUCAACAAGACCAUCCUCUUCUCUUACAGUACGACUGGCAAUGCCUACGAACUCCAGCUGGUGUUGAAUGGACAGAGUGUGUUCUUUACAGUUGACGGUGAAACCCAUUUGGUGGAAGCUUCAGGGGCAGCCCAAGAGGGUCAGUGGGUGCACAUCUGUGCAGUCUGGAGCUCACAACAGGGCUUGGCUUCACUGUGGGUCAAUGGUCAACAGGCUGCAAGCUCUCCUGGAGUGGCUGAAGGUCAUGAGCUACGCAGCAAAGGAAGCAUACUACUGGGUCAAGAGUAUGGACGUUCCUUCAGGCAUCUCAGUAUCCCAGACACUUUUGAUGCGGACCUGGCCUUUACAGGGAAGAUGACUGGAGUGAACAUGUGGGACCGUGUUUUGAAUUCAAAGGAGAUAUCUCAGCAAGCACGGCUAGAUGGGAGUGGUUGUGGCAUCCGUGGUAAUGUGGUGGAAUGGGGCGUCUCUGACAUUGAGCCAAAAGGGGGUGUCAAGUUAAUAUACUAAAUUUCUAUACUGUCUUAAGCACCUGAGCCCUGUAGACCAAUCAGCUGAGCUCCUACGAGCACAUAUUAAGAACCUGCUUUGCUACACCUGCACACAACAAUAAUUUUUCUUCUCUUAGAUGUGCAAAAAAUGUUAUUUAGGGCGAACUGGCUUUAGUCAAACAAGUUAAAAUAGUUACACUGCUGCCAUUGGAGGGACAUCAUAUAUAUCAUUUUUAUUACAAACUGUUCUGUUUUACAAUGUUUUCAAUUAAAACUAAGUGGAAGUAAUUUUUGUUAAAAAUAUAUAUAUUAUGUAUUGUCAAACUAUUUAUCUUGAUUGGUAAUGUUUACAUUCAGAUUUAAUGUUUAAUCUAUUUAGUCCAUUGUUCUUUUUUUUCUUAUGGAUUUUUCAAACUGUAGGCUCUGUUACAUAUCUUGUGAUGGACAUUUUAAAAUAUGUUGUUAUAUGAGUUCUGCGAAUAAUAACUUUUAUGUCUUUGGUUUGUUGUUUUACCAAAGGAUGCUUGCUAUGUUUUGAUAAUGGAACUGUGGAAAAUGUUUACAAAUUGUGACUUUAUUUUUAUGUUUCCGCUGAUGUGAUAAAAUGUAUUAUAAUGUUGUUGUUUUUUAUUUUACUUUUUUUUUUUUGUUAGGCUAAGAUGAAUGUAUAAUGUACAUAGAUAUUUUUCCGAGGGUUGCGAAAAAACAAACCAUAAUAAAAAUGUAAAACUAAAAUGACAAAAACAUUGUCAUCCAG